CUGGGCUUAAACACAACACAGACUGUCACGGACUUGGGCCGCCUUGGCCCAAAGACUUGCCGGGUACCCACAAACACUUCUUCACGCACGCUGCCGCUGCCGUCGUCGCCACCGCCGCCGGCGCUGAAGGGCGCAUGGCGCGAUGGUCGUCUCCGAAGGACCCGGCUCUGGAGGAGGCCCUCCGCCGCAACCGGCGCUGGAUCGUGAACAACCAAAUCAAGCGCCUGCUCCUCCGCUUCCCGUCCCGCUCCGCCCCCGUCCGCCUCCUGCAGUCCCGCUUCAAGACGCUCGACCUCCUCGGCCGCGCCGCCAACUGGCUCCGCAAGUAUCCCUCCUGCUUCGAGCACUUUAGCAGCGAAGGCGCGCCGGGCAGCGGCGGGGAGCUCUGCUUCGGCUUCACCAAGCGGAUGGCGGAGCUCGUCGAGGCCGAGGAGGCCGCCGUGGUUGCGUCCGAGCCGGCCAUGGCCGACCGCCUCGCGCGGGUGCUCAUGCUCGCCCGCGGGCGCCGCCUCCAGGUCUCCAAGCUCGCCGCGCUGCGCGGCCCGCUCGGCCUCCCGGACGACUACCUCCUCCGCGUCCUCCCAGCCCACACCGAUCUCUUCCGCCUCGCCAACCCGUACCCUCACCGUCGCAACGCCGCCGAGCUGGAGCUGCUACGGUGGGUCCCCUCCCUCGCGGUAUCUGCCGUCGAGGCCGCUGCGUCCGCGAGCAACUCCCCCCCGCGUUUCACCUGCUCGUUGCCCCCGUCUUGGGCCAAGUCGCACGACAAGAUGGAGGACUUCAAUUCCACGCCUUACAUUUCGCCCUACUCGGAGGAGUGGGCAGUGCCCGGCAAUGACACUGAUGCCGAGAAGCGCGCCAUGGCGGUGGUUCACGAGCUUCUUUCGCUCACAUUGUGGAAAAAGAUUUCGGUUGUGAAGCUAGAGCAUUUCAGAUGGGAGUUUGGGCUGCCGGAGGACACCACCAGGAUGUUGCACCGGCAUUCGUGCCUCUUCUAUGUGUCGAAUCGCUACAAGAUCCACACGGUGGUGCUCCGUGAGGGUUACGUGGGGUCCGAGCUGAGGGUGAAGGAUCCAUUGGUGGCGGCGAAGGAUAGACUCGGGGAGCUGAUGCAGGAGGGGCUGCACGAGUAUAACCAGAGGCGACGUGCUGCGAAUUUGGAGAAGAAAAGGAGGAAUGGUGAGGUGGAUGUACAGAAGGAGGAAGAUGAGCUGGAGGAUGAGGCAAUGGCACGUUUGGAUAGUGCAGAGAAGAGGGAGGAGAGAAGGAGGUUUUACAAGGUUUUGUUUGGUGAUGACAAUCGUUGAUCGGUUUAUGUAAUUGUUGAGGCUCCUCAUAUCCAUGGUUGCAAUGUUUGUCGAUAUCUCACUAUGCACAAAAUCAGUUACUAAUUGAUGCAAUAAGAGUGGUGUUUCUAUGAAGGCAUGAGGCAGAGGCAUCUAUGAUCUAAAUGCAGGGUGCGGGGUCGAAGAAUUGGAAUAAUGCCACCAGCCAUAUAGUUUGAAUUUUUUUUGGUGGAUUUUAAAUUGUACCAAUUACAUAUGGAUACCUCUAACGGAAAAACUGAAGGAAGCCAAACAUACUGAUGAAAUCAACUAAUGAUGCUUGUGAUAAGGAUUGUAAGAUCUACAUUACUUGCAUAUGAAAUUAUAAUCUACAUUACUUGCAUGUGAAAUUAUAAUGCAGACUGGUGUUGUAUGACCACAGAGAACUAUGCCCCCAAGGAGCAAAUGUUGCAAUUGAAUAGCUGCAAAUGAGAAAUAAGAAUUGUACCCUUCUUGUGGAGUGUGUUUUCUAAAGCAAAUGUCUUCAUCAAGAAAUGAAACUUAGGUGAGCAUGAUUUAAGGUACAAUUUUCCUGGAUUAAUCCUUUUCUCCCCUGUUUUUUAUGUUUUUGUCGGACAAUUUGUUAUAGUUGAACUCUCUUGUUUUCAUUUAGGCAUUUCAGUUGUGAAUUUCUGUAGAUGGCAAAACUUUCAAAAGGUUGUGCUUGUUUUGUCUAGUCAUUUUGGUGAAAUACUGAAAUAACAUAUUUUCGUUCAAUCAUUUAAAUUAUACUGAGAUGACUUUUUGUCCUUAUGUAAGCACUUACUUACUUAUGCCAGUUUGGCGCUGAGUAGCGGGCUAGCGAAAUAUCAUUGCAAAUUGAGCGGUAUAUUUCUAUGUCACAUGCUGUGGGUUUGCAAAUGCAGUUACAGCCUGCUCAAUGUUCUGAGUAUCAAAUUACAUAAAUGGAAGUGAAGUAACUAAAUCAGUAGACAAGGACACAUGAAUGGGGUUAAACAACUUGAGAACCAAGGUGGAUUGUGAUCUGCAGAGUCUGGUGCCCGAGUAUCUUUGAUCCCUUUGGUAUUUAUAAAGUUUAGUGAUGCAGUACUUAUGCCAAGUUUUCACAAGUAUUCCCCCAAAGUAGAUUCCUGUGUAGCAUUUUUUUUGUUAUUUUGAGGGCUUUCUCUUGCUUCUUGGACUUGAAUCUUGAUGUCGUAUGUUAGUAUCGUGUUUACAGGUUUCGCUUUUCAUUAAUCCUUCUGGCUUAUUCUGCCAGAUUGUUCCGAAAAUCUCAUGCAGAAUUCUCAUAUGGCAUCACUUCGCAGCUUCGUUUUGGUCAUGUCGAUCGCAAUCCACGAGCAACAGCAAGUGAUAUGAGGUCAUGAGUCACGUGACCCUGGAUUGAAGCAAUGGAAAUAUGUCAUUGCAGCUCUUUCAAGGUUUUGGGGGAGACUUUUCAAUGUAAAUUUGAGUUUGAUAGGAUUUGCUACUUUGGAAAUUUCCUUAGUAGGUGGCCCAAUUUUUUCAUUGCUAAUUUUGAAUUUCUUAAUUAUCUCCAAUUAGGUGCUUCUGUUGGCCGUUUGCAUUUUGGGAUUUUCUGUUUGUUUUCAUUCAUCAUGGGGGACAUUACCUGCCUAAGCUAUGUGUACUGCACUGAUAACCUACUCUAGUUGCAGUGCCUCCGACUCAUUGUGGCUUUAGUGUUUAGUCUGUAUUGUAACAUUAGCCAAGCUAGACAUUCAGCUUAGGGAGACAUUUACAGUUCCAGAUCCACUUCAUUUUUUUGUUCAGUUCUUACAUUGUCAAAGCAAUGCCGAUAUUACUUUUGAGAUGAAUAAAAA